GCAGACUGUCCGUAUUCUCCAGAGCGAGGAUUCAUCCUUGCCUACACGCCUUCGUCAUAUAGAUAUUCAUCAACACUGGCUCCGUCAGGAGGUGCAGAACGGUCAGAUCGCCGUCGAAUGGGUCGCCACGGCUAACAUGCCUGCGGAUGGCCUUACCAAGAUCCUCCCGAUUCAAAAACACCGAAACUUCAUGAAGAUGUUGAAUCUGCACGAAUUCAUCGACAAGGAGGACCCCUAUACAAGUGCCUAA